AUGGAGAUUAAGAUACGACGAGACACAUCAAAGACAACGACGAUGAAAGAGGGGGAAGAAGGAGAGGAGCAACCGCUUAGUCCGGCGGCACGUGUGUUCCACGCGCCAGAGUUUAAUUGUUACGUCAUCACGGUGAUUGGUAUUAAGAGGAAGCUCGAGCCAGAUGUGAUUAUGGAAGGAUUAGAGCAAUCUUUGAUCCGACAUCCUCGUUUCUCCAGUAAAUUGGUGAACAAUGGGAACAAGAAAAGACAAACACAAAAAUGGGUACGGACAAAUGUGGUCGUUAACGAUCACGUCGUCAUAGCCGACAUCCAAACGCAAAACAAGAAUGCAAACGCUGACGCGUUUCUUGAGAGCUACGUCUCCGACCUCACGACAAUCCCAUUAGACACCUCGAAGCCAUUAUGGGAGCUUCACUUACUCGAUUUGAAAACCUCCGACGCAGAAAACGUCGCGGUUUUGAAGUUUCACCACUCUUUAGGAGACGGUAUGUCUCUCAUGGCCCUUGUCCUCGCUUGUAUGCGCAAAACGUCGAACCCCAAUGAGCUCCCGACUCUACCAUACAAAAACCGGUCCUCGUCUAAAUCUACCCGGUUACCGGCUGGUUCAAGGGGUGAUUUCCGGUUCUUGUGGUUGAUCAUGGUUCUAUGGUCAGCAAUUAAGUUGGUUUUCAAUACGGUUUGUGAUGCUUUUGAGUUUAUUGCCACGGCAAUGUUCCUCAAGGACACUGAAACACCGAUCAAAGGCGAUUUCCGGUUAAGUAAGAGUAAACGGAUGAGUUUGGUUCAUCGUACCGUAAGCUUAGACGACAUAAAGCUAAUCAAGAAUACCAUGAAGAUGACUGUCAACGAUGUAGUACUUGGAGUAACUCAGGCUGGUCUCUCGCAAUACUUGGAGAGAAGAUAUGGAGAGAAGAAGACGAAACUAGGAGAAGAUGAAGAAUCUAAAAGGAAUUCAAAUGAGAUGCCAAAAAGAAUAAGGCUAAGAUCAGCUCUACUUGUAAAUUUAAGACCCACCACUGGAAUCCAGGAUCUAGCUGAUAUGAUGUCUAAAGGAUCCAAGUGUAGAUGGGGAAAUUGGAUCGGGUACAUAAUCUUCCCGUUUUCGAUUGGUUUACGUGAUGAUCCGUUGGAACAUCUCCAAAGUGCCAAAAGGAUCAUCGACCGGAAAAAGAACUCAUUCGAGGCUGCUCUAACGUUCAUCGCCGGUAAAUUCAUGAUCAAAUCAUUAGGAGUUCAGGUAACAGCUAAGAUAAUUCACAAAGCAUUGUCAAACACAACGAUGUCGUUUUCAAACUUGAUUGGUCCUAUUGAAGAAAUUAGCUUCUAUGGCCAUCCCAUCACUUACAUGGCCCCUAGCGUUUAUGGCCAUCCCCAUGCUUUGACGAUGCAUUUCCAGAGCUACAUGGAUAAGAUGACGAUUUCUUUGACUGUUGAUCCAACGGUCAUAAGUGAUCCCCAUCGGCUUCUUGACGACUGGGAGGAAUCUCUUGGAAAAAUUCAAGCAGCUGUUCAAGAAAGAAGCUCCGCUAAGUAG